AUGAUGGUUACACCGCACCUUAAAGAAGCCAUCGGCUGUUUAGGGACUAUCAACCGUGAUACCGAAUGGAUAUGGAUUGACCAGAUUUGUAUUAAUCAAGAAGACGACUUGGAGCGUGCUGUUCAAGUCGGAAUGAUGAAAGACAUAUAUGCAUCAUGUAAAGGAACUAUUAUCUGGUUAGGAAGCCACGUUGAAGAGAUUGAAACAGUUCCUACUCUUGUUGAGCGUCUUUCAAUCUUUUAUGCUGAAGACAUGAACCCCGACGGAAUACGGAAGCGCAGUAGAUACACGAGGGCCGAGUACGAAAGUCUGAAGCUACCCCCAGCUCACGAUACCGCUUGGGAUGCCCUUAAUAAUAUCCUGUGCCGACCAUGGUUCAUAAGAUCCUGGGUCAUUCAAGAAACCGCUCUCUCGAGACACCUACCCCGCAUAUUGUGUGGGACCGAGGAGCUGUCAUGGCGGAGCUUUGUCUCGGCGACGCUGUGGGUAUUGGAUAUCUCUUAUGAGUUCACCCCGCUGAGCCGCACCCCAGCAAACGUUCCAGCUCUUCGGUCUAUCAAGUUCUUCAAUGAACUCUUGACGUUCGGAUUACCCUGGGACCUGAUGACCUUGCUGAAUAAAUCGAUCCAGUCAAAAGCGUCGGAACCAAGAGAUAGAGUGUACUCGCUUCUUGCCCUGACGAACGAAUUUGGGGACAAAGGGAGCCUGCCCCCAGCUUUACGGGCAGACUACCAGAAGCCAGUCGGAACAAUCUUUCGUGAUGUUACUCGGCAUAUCAUAUCUACGACUAAAAGCCUGCGAAUUUUCACACUCAUUCGCUAUACCCCUGAUUGGAAUAGCCUGCCAUCUUGGGUAAUUGAUUUCAGUGCCAACGCCGAAUGGUUUAGGAUAUCAUAUUUCUCUUGGGACCCGUAUAGUAAGAACGGACAUUCCUUAAUGGAAAUUUCCAAUGAUGCUGCCGGAGGUCAUCAAGUUGUCAUUGAUAAUUACUUGCCCGAUCAUGUUCUUGGUCUACAAGGGCUUCGAAUCGAUAAUAUUGACGAAAUAAGCGACAUCAUGAAACAAGACGAGGUCUCUUCAUUCAACCUUACAGUCUGGAAGGCCUGGAAAAAAGCCUGCGAACGGCUUAGCAGUAGAUACCAGACCAUCGAGGCGAUAGCUCGCGCCUUUAUGGUCACACUGACGGCUGAUUGGAGUCUCAGCGAUAGCCAGCGAAUUGGCGAUCUGCCUUUAAUUUACUUCUGGCGCUACCUUUUGGACGUCUGCAAUGAGAGUUCCACAAAUCCAGCGCUCAAAGAUGCCUUUAAUGCGGAGCGUGCGUACAUCAGGGACAUCAUAUCAGCCGAGACAGAGAGAGCCAACGACGAAAACCUAUUCUCGUUACAUCUUGACGCUGCACACGAACGGCGAUUAUUCUUCUCGAAAGACCUGGCAUACAUUGGACUCGGACCGAAGAUCCUGGAGAAAGAUGACAUUAUCUGCGUCUUGUUCGGAGGAGCUACGCCUUUCGUUCUACGACCACCUGGAGAUCAGUACCGGCUUGUCGGUGAAUGUUAUGUAUAUGAGUUGAUGACAGGAGAGGCUAUUCAGGAUUGGAAAAGUGGCAAGCAUACCUUGAAUGAUUUCCAGAUCUAUUAG